AUACGUUUGGGAACGGCAGUUUCGAGGUUUCUGAGACGUCGGCUUCCGACCGGAAGUGAGAAGAGGAGGAAGUUAGCUGGUUGCACCGGUCUGGGGGCUUCCAGGGCUCGGGUAACCAGAGUGCUGGGAUCUAAUCGUCGCUCAAAGGCUCCUAGGUGCGCGGGUGGAUAUAAUUCCCCGCUUCUGGAGAAGACACUAGAGCCUCAAGGAGGUGUAUCCCGUGCCUUACCUGACUGGGGGCUCUGAGUCCAGUUGUGUUGUCUUCUACUUAGACACCAUGGAGGCACCUCCAGUCACCAUGAUGCCUGUCACUGGGGGCACCAUUAACAUGAUGGAGUACCUGUUGCAGGGAAGUGUUUUAGAUCACAGUCUGGAAAGCCUCAUCCACCGCCUUCGUGGUUUAUGUGACAACAUGGAACCUGAGACUUUCCUUGACCAUGAGAUGGUAUUCCUCCUUAAGGGCCAGCAAGCCAGCCCGUUUGUUCUCAGGGCCCGACGCUCUAUGGACAGGGCAGGGGCAGCCUGGCAUCUGCGCUACCUGGGACAGCCAGAAAUGGGAGACAAGAACCGCCACGCCCUGGUGCGAAACUGCGUGGACAUUGCCACAUCUGAGAACCUCACCGACUUCUUGAUGGAAAUGGGCUUCCGCAUGGACCAUGAGUUUGUUGCUAAGGGACAUUUGUUCCGUAAGGGCAUCAUGAAGAUUAUGGUGUACAAGAUUUUCCGCGUCCUGGUGCCAGGGAACACAGACAGCACUGAGGCCUUGUCACUCUCCUAUCUCGUGGAAUUAAGUGUGGUGGCACCCGCUGGGCAGGACAUGGUCUCUGAUGACAUGAAGAACUUUGCAGAGCAGCUAAAACCUCUGGUUCACCUGGAGAAAAUAGACCCCAAGAGGCUCAUGUGACUAAGAGGAUCUGUCCACAUUUGGGGCCUAUCCUUACUUGUUUGAAAAAAAUAUGUUUGCUUUAUUUUUUGUUUCAUUUUGUUUUUGAGACAGAGUCUUGCUCUGUUUCCCAGGCUGGAGUGCAGUGGCGCGAUCUCGGCUCACUGCAACCUCCACCUCCCGGGUUCAAGCAGUUCUCCCGCCUCAGCCUCCUGAGUAGCUGGGAUUACAGGAGCGUGCCACCAUGCUCAGCUAGUUUUUGUAUUUUUAGUAGAGAUGGGGAUUCACCAUGUUGGUCAGGGUAUUCUCGAACUCAUGACCUCGUGAUCCACCCACCUUGGCUUCCCAAAGUGCUGGGAUUACAGGCAUGAGCCACCAUGCCUGGCCAAAAAAAUAUGCUUUAAAUGCCCCAUUUCACCAUUGCCAGGCAGGCAUUCUUCCUUCAGGGAGAGGAUGAUGAGAAUUAAUUGGUUCUUUGCACUGUUCUCCACAUGUGGUGAUUUCACUUUCAUGACAGCCUUUCUACAUUAAAGGCUCAGGAUAUCACAGAGAAUCUACCUAAUCCCACUGUAUUAAGAGGGGAAACCGGGCCAAGCGCAGUGGCUCACACCUCUAGUCUCAGCACUCUGGGAGGCCGAGGUAGGUGGAUCACCCAAGGUCGGGAGUUUGAGACUAGCCUGGCCAAAUGGUGAAACCCCAUCUCUACGAAAAAUACAAAAUUUAGCCGGGCAUGGUGGUGGGCACCUGUAAUCCCAGCUACUUGGGAAGCUGAGGCUGGAGAAUCGCUUGAACCCAGGAGGUGAAGGUUGCAGAGACCAGAGAUGACGCCAUUGCACUCCAGCCUGGGUGAGAAGAGCGAGACUCCGUCUCAAAAAAAAAAAAAAAAAAAAAAAAAAUGAAGAGGGGAAACCAGAAUAAGUUAGCUUUUAGAAAGGAAAAUUUCUUGUUUGGCCAUUUGUGUUUAAGGUUUGUAACAUUAGAGGCUGUGAGCUUGUGUUAUAUGGUAAUAAAGCCGAUGAAGAGAAA